GUCCUUGUCCGUAUAAACUCCCCUACGCCUUCAGACCAGCGGAUCCGCUCUGUCUACGCGAGAGUGUGCACGUGUCACUACUGCAAAGCGCUAUAUAUUCACUUCACGCCCUUUGGUUUCGAGCUCUACUUCUCUUUUUCCUCUCGCUAGCUCGGGUUCAAUUAUCUGUUGUUGAAUCUAUAUAUGGUAACUCGAUCCUCAUGUGUUGAUCUAACAAUAAUAUUGUUGCUGGAGUCUUAAUUUUCAGUUUGAUGCUUCAAAUGACUCCCCGAUGGAUUCGCAACUUUGAUAUAUUUCUGCUUUUCUUCCUUCUCGUUGCUGCUUUCUUCGUUAGACACAGUUCAGGGGAUGUAAUUACGGAAAAGGCGAGCACAUUAGCAAUGAUAAAACCAGAUGGAGUGGCUGGUAACUACACAAAUGUGAUAAAACAAAUUAUUUCUGAGUCUGGCUUCAGAAUUACUAGGGAAAUGAUGGUCCAGCUUGAUGAGGAUACGGUGACAAGCUUUUAUGCUGAGCACUCUUCGAAGAGCUUCUUUCCAAGCCUUGUGAAAUACAUGACGAGCGGCUCCAUAUUGAUUAUGGUUUUGGAGAAGGUGAAUGCUGUCGCUGAUUGGCGUGCUUUGAUUGGACCAACGGAUGCACGCAAGGCUAAGGUUACCCAUCCUCACAGGUUAUUUAUUUACUCAUUGUCUUCUGUUGUGCUAUCUUUCGAAUCUCUCUUGUUCAAUUUCUAGUAAGUUGAAAGUUUCUUACCAAUUUGUUCUAGAAUUCUGAACUUACAUAUGGUGCUAUUAAUCCUAUUCCUAUGAUAUGAUUUGUCAAUGCCUACUUUCCUGCCAUGACUUCAUGGUUUAAAUUCUGUUUUUUGACCUUACUUCCAGCAUCAGAGCCCUGUG